AUGAUGAAGUAUAUCUUUUACGCAUUGAUUGUUGUGUCAUUGCUUGCAUUGACUAAUGAAGCCAAACGCUUCAAGGUCGAUGUGGACGGUGAUUCAUAUGAACAUCAAUCAAUCAAACAUACUACCAUACCUUUGCCACUCCGCCAGGUCAAGCUGGACAUCAACGAGCAUCGCCGCACAGCACGCGCCCACCUCACCGACGAGCAGAAGGCCUUCAUAGCGGAGCGCGACCAGUUUGUCAGCGGCAUCCUGAACUCAAUGUCGUUGCUCGAGAAGAUCGGUCAGAUGACCCAGAUCGACAUCAACAUAUUGUUGGAGCACAACACGGCCACGAUCAACCAGACCUACUUGGACCAGGUGACCAAUCAGUACAAGAUUGGCUCAUUCCUCAACUCACCAACGGCCAACGGUGUGAUCAACAAUGAGAUCCACUAUAUGAAUGCCACCAACUGGAUUGAGGCCCUGACCAUCAUUCAGAACUACACCCUCAAGAACAGUCCAAGCAAAGUCCCAAUGAUCUACGGAAUGGACAGUGUUCACGGUGCCAACUACAUCCACAUGGGUACCAUGUUCCCACAUGCCAAUGCUGUCUCAGCAAAGGACUCGUCUGCUGUUGGAUUCCACUGGAUCUUUGCACCUGUGCUUGGUGUUGGAGUUCAGCCAUUGUGGAGCAGGACCUAUGAGACUUUUGGCGAAGACCCUUAUGUCGCCUCGAUAAUGGGCGCUGCGUCAGUCACCGGUUUCCAAGGCGGCCAGAACCCAUUCACUGGCAGAGUUCUCACACCAUACGUCGCCUCAUGCAUGAAGCACUAUCUGGGCUACUCUGACCCUGUCAACGGCAAGGACCGCACACCCGCCUGGAUCCCAGAGCGCAUGCUCCGUCGCUACUUCCUGCCUUCGUUUGCCGCUGCCGUCGACGCUGGCGCAUCAUCCGCCAUGAUCAACUCGGGCGAGGUCAACGGUGUGCCUAUGCACGCCAGCGAGAAGUACGUCAACGGUGUGUUGCGUGGCGAGCUGGCCUUUGACGGCCUGAUCGUCACCGACUGGCAGGACAUUGAGAAGCUGGUCGAGUUCCACCAUUUGACCUCGAGCAUGGCCGAAGCCAUCAUCUACGCCCUCAACGCCGGUAUCGACAUGUCAAUGGUGCCGGACGACUUCUCGUUCCCAACCAUCCUCUUCCAGCUCGUGCAGGACGGUGUCGUUCCCGAGUCGCGAAUCGACGAGUCGGUCACUCGCAUCCUCAACCUCAAGUACGCGAUCGGUCUGUUCGACGAGCCCUACCCCGACCCCUCCAACCCAUACCUCAACACAAUUGGCCAGCUUGAGGACCGCGAGCUCGCUGCAUCAAUCGUCGAGGAGUCGAUCACAUUGCUGCAGAACCUCAAUGAGGCGCUGCCACUCAACCCAAGCGAGAUCCAAAACAUCUUGGUCACUGGCCCAAGCGCAGACAGCUUGCCCAAUCAAUGCGGUGGAUGGUCAGUUCACUGGCAGGGUCCAGUCAACAACGCAGAGGUGCCAUACGGUACCACUGUGUUGGGAGGCAUCCAGCAAGCCCUCAAUCAAACAUCGGCCAAAGUGGUCUACGAGCAAGGCACUCAGUUUGGAGUGAUAAAUCAAGGAAUGAUCGACGCUGCCGUCGCCGCUGCCAAGCAAGCCGACGCCGUGGUCGUGGUCAUGGGCGAGCAGCCUGAAGCCGAGACCCCGGGCGACAUCUACGACCUGUCCAUCGACCCGGCCUCCCUGGCCCUGCUCGAGGCCAUCGUGUCCAACGUCAACGUGCCAGUCAUUCUCGUGUUGUUUGAGGCUCGUCCACGUGUGCUGCCACCUUCACUCGUUGCCAAGAUUGACGGAGUACUCAUGGGAUACUUGCCCGGUCCACAGGCUGGCAAGCCCAUCGCCGACAUCAUCUUUGGUGAUGUCAACCCCUCGGGUCGUCUGCCCAUCACGUACCCAGCCACCACGGGCGACAUCUCGCCCUACUACUACAAGUACUCAUUGUACGGCUUCCACGAUCCACUGUUUGACUUUGGCACUGGACUGAGCUACACAUCAUUCACUUACUCCAACCUGGUGGCCAACCUCACCACUGAUGGCACCAACACAUUCAACGCGACCAUUGGCCAGUACGUGGCGAUCAAUGUCACCGUUACCAACACUGGCAAGAUGAGUGGCAAGGACACUGUGCUGUUGUUCUUGAGUGAUCUGUACGCAUCGGUCACACCAGAGAUCCGAAUGUUGCGCGGUGUCGACAAGGUUGAUCUCAACCCAGGCGAUUCCAUCAAUGUCCAAUUCAUCCUCGCUCCACUGGACUUCUCAUUCAUUGGACAAGACAACCGACCCACCAUUGAACCCGGUCAAUUCACCAUUGCCAUCGGACAACUCUCAAUUGACAUCAACCUUAUCUAA